UGCCGUGCCGUUGCCAGCGUUGCCAGUAUUGGCCUGUAUCGCCUGUAUAGCCUAUAUAGGUGACCAUCAGUGGUGGUUGCGAGCAGGUGUAGAAUUUUAACAGUGGUUUUUAACGGAAAGAUUAAUACGACAGGAAUUGGUACAGGAAACAGUAACGUUUGCAAAUAAUCGUGUUCACUUUCAAGUUGCUUUAAGUACCGUUAACAAUUGAUGUAAUUGCAAGUUCACCUAAAACAACGAAGUAUUUUCCACCGGCUCGUACCGUGUAACUGUCUCGAUCGAUUUACCUUGCGUUUAUUCUAUAAUGGAAGCUUUGAUACCAGUAAUAAAUAAAUUACAAGAUGUAUUUAAUACUGUCGGCAGUGACGCAAUACAAUUGCCACAAAUCGUAGUACUUGGUACACAGAGUUCGGGAAAGUCGUCUGUGAUUGAAAGUUUAGUGGGCAGAUCUUUCCUACCACGUGGUAUUGGUAUAGUGACGAGACGUCCUUUGAUAUUACAAUUAGUUUAUACACCCAAAGAUGAUCGUGAACGUAGAAAUGCAGAAAAUGGGACAUUGGGCAUGGAUGAAUGGGCCACAUUUCUACACACAAAAAACAAAAUAUUCACAGAUUUUAAUGAAGUCCGUAAAGAGAUAGAGUCUGAAACAAACCGCAUGGCUGGAUCUAAUAAAGGAAUUUGUCCAGAGCCAAUCAACUUGAAGAUAUACUCAUCAUUAGUCGUCAGUUUAACUCUCAUAGAUCUGCCUGGUAUCACAAAGGUGCCAGUUGGUGAUCAACCGGAAGAUAUCGAGAGCCAAAUAAGACAACUUGUAUUAAAGUAUAUAUGUAAUCCUAACUGUAUUAUAUUAGCUGUUGUCACUGCAAAUACAGAUAUGGCUACAAGUGAGAGUUUGAAGCUUAGCAAAGAAGUAGAUCCAGAUGGAAGACGUACUUUAGCUGUUGUUACUAAACUAGAUCUUAUGGAUGCAGGAACUGAUGCCAUUGAUAUAUUAUGUGGCAGGGUUAUUCCUGUAAAAUUAGGAAUCAUUGGUGUUGUUAAUCGCUCUCAACAGGAUAUAAUGAACAAUAAAAGUAUCCAAGAAGCAUUGAAGGAUGAAGCAGCAUUUUUGCAACGCAAGUAUCCAACUUUGGCAAACAGAAACGGAACUCCCUAUUUGGCUAAAACUUUAAACCGUUUACUCAUGCAACACAUCCGGGACUGCCUACCAGAGUUAAAGACGAGAGUAAAUGUGAUGAUCUCACAAUUUCAAAGUUUGCUGAAUUCUUAUGGCGAGGAAGUUAGCGACAAGAGUCAAACUUUGCUUCAAAUCAUUACUAAAUUCGCGAGCAGUUAUUGUUCAACGAUCGAAGGAACUGCUAGAAACAUAGAAACGAAUGCACUGUACGGUGGCGCUCGAAUUUGUUAUAUAUUUCAUGAGACAUUUGGAAAGUCGCUGGAUUCGGUGAAACCGCUGGAAGGUCUUACGAAGAUGGAUAUUCUGACGGCGAUCCGAAAUGCAACUGGUCCGAGACCAGCUUUGUUCGUACCAGAGGUUUCUUUUGAAUUGUUAGUAAAACGACAAAUUCGAAGACUCGAGGAACCGUCUUUACGUUGCGUAGAACUGAUACAUGAUGAGAUGCAAGGUAUAAUACAAGACUGUGGUACGGAAGUGCAACAAGAAUUGUUGCGUUUUCCGAAGUUGCACGAACGUAUCGUCGACGUCGUAACGCAUUUGCUACGUCGACGUCUCCCACCCACUAAUCACAUGGUGCAAAACUUAGUUGCCAUAGAAUUAGCUUACAUAAAUACUAAGCAUCCAGAUUUUCACAAGGACGCGGUUCUGGUAUCAUCUAUAUUAAAAAGUUCUGACAUGGAUCACCCAAAACAGAGCAAAAGAUUACCUUCUGCUGCGAGUACCACAUCUAGUACUAUAAUUCCAACUGAUUCGAACAUAAAGUCAGUUAACAGUCGAGACGAAGUGACAUCUUUUUCCGAGCAGGGUAAAGCGCAACAGGGACAGCAACCGGCAUCGGGUAAUUGGUUAUUGAAUAAUCUUAUGCCUCAAGGGAGACCCGAUUCGGGCGGUUCGCUUGAUGGUUCCCCAAUAAGAAAUCACGAGAGUAGCGUUCUAUCUACGAAUCCGAUGAACGAGAAUGCAAAGUCGGUCAACAGUCAAGAUGAAGUUUUUUACGAGCAGAAUAAGAUUCAACAAGGACAUCAAAUGGUGAUAGGUAAUUGGUUAUUAAAUAAUCUUAUCCCUCAAGGAAGAAUCAAUUCCAGUAGUUCGCUUGACGGUUCUCCAGUAAGAAAUCGUGAGAGCAGCGCUUCUCCUAAUCCAGUUCCAAGUGCAACUCCCGCGAUCGAGGUACAAAAAGCAUCACCGCAACAAAAGCCCGUAAAUCUACUGCCAGAGGUACCGGUGCAAACAUCUCGUAAACUGAGUGAACGAGAACAACGAGACUGUGAUGUAAUCGAAAGAUUGAUAAAAUCGUACUUUUAUAUUGUAAGAAAAUCUAUUCAGGAUAGCGUACCAAAGGCUGUCAUGCAUUUCCUAGUCAACUAUGUAAAAGAUAAUUUACAAAGCGAACUCGUGACACAUUUAUAUAAGUCGGACCACGCUGACGUUCUACUGAACGAGAACGAACACAUUGCCGUAAGACGCAAAGAAGCUGCAGAUAUGCUAAAAGCAUUAACGCAAGCAGGUCACAUAAUUAGCGAAAUUCGAGAAACGCACAUGUGGUAAUUUAAAUUUACGCAUGACUCACGCAAUCAGUUUAUAGUUCAAUUUAGACAUUUUUGAUGUUUUAAUAGAUAAACUGUAUGAAUGAGGCCACGUGUACGUUCGAUCACUGUAUAUAACUUGUAUUUUUCAUGAAAGCAGUGUUUAAGAUUAUAGGAAUAAGUUUUUAAGUUUUGCGCAUUUUCUUUUAGUUUCAUUUUAUAGAUAUGAAAGAGAAGACGAUAUCAUAAAAUGCGUACAUACAUUUAUAACAAAUGCCAAUGUUAAGCGAACGAAGUUAAUACCACCGAUAAUAAUGGUGCUCAUGUCGAUACGCCACAUCUUAUGAUGAGUAUUGGCAUGAGGACCAUUAUUAUCGGUCGUAUUAUAUCACAUAAGCCUUACUGAGCUUAUGUGAAUAUUCAAUUUAUAUCGGAAGCAUCGUUACUUCCAGUGUAGAAAGCUAGUGUAAAUGAUGGUGGGCACAGUGCUAUUUGUUAUUUUUUGUAAUAUCUUGCACUGUAGAAGAUUGAACAAAAAAGAUGUGCUUUAUUUAAUACAAAAAGUAUCACAAUGGAUUUCGUUUUUUAGUAUUUGUAAUAUGGAUCUUUGAGCCAUUUGUAUGUCUGUGCGCGUUCGCACGUGUAUGUAUAAUAAUAGUAACACAUUUAAUGAA